AUGGCUUACAAUAACAAUUUGCAGACGCAGAAAUCAGGAGAUACUUUAGAGGAGAAAGUCGAUAAGAUCUUGGAGAGCUUAAUAGAGUUGAACAAACUCUUGUGUCCUUUAAAGGAAGAUCCUUUAGGAAGAAGCAAGAAGGAACAAGGAAUUACUGAGAGCAAUAACCAAAAGACUACUUUACAAAGAAGCCAAAGUGCUCCUCCUGCUUUGGAUCUUGUUUCCUUUUAUCUGAUUACGAGGCUACAAUCUCAUCUCCGGCUUCUCAAAUUGAAGCUGGGAAAGCUAGAGAAACUUCAUACAAGUUUGGGAGAAGAGCUAGAUAAACAUGUUGGUACCGUUCAUGAACUGAUUAAAAAUAGGGAUUCCUCAAAGGUAUUUUCUCAAAGUACGUAUUGGAUCAAGCCUGAUUUAGAAGGCAUGGAGACAAAGAUCUUUGACUUGUUGUGCGAAGUCCCCUUGUUGUCUAGUAAGCCAGAGAAACAGAAAUCAGCAGCAGCUUAUGAUGAUCAAGAUGAUGAAUAUGAGUUUGAUCAGGGCAAGGCCUAUUUUUACCUUCCUGGUUUACAUUCAAAUGUGGAUGAUCUCAUCAAAUGCGAGGCUUUCAGACAAGUGAAACAGAAGUUUGUGGAGCUUGAGAUUGAACGGAAGAUCUGCAUUUUGAGUUUCGCUGUGUUCCCGGAGAACAGAGAGGUUCAUAGAACAGUGCUGAUGUAUUGGUUGAUAGGAGAGGGGAUUCUACCCGUCGAAGGAGCUCAAGAAGCUGUAAGGGAAGUUCUUAAGGAAUUCACUGAGAAAGAGUUGGUCGAACCCGUUGAAGAAAGGCGCAAAGUGGCUCCAAGCAGCUAUAAGAUGAGUCCUUUUGUGCAUUCUUCAGUUGUUCUGCUCUCAAAGCAGAUUGGAGUUUUUGAUAUUUAUGGUAAAGGGUGCAAGCCAAGCAUGCAAGUGUCAGAUAGGAGAAAAAUAUUCAUUGUGGAAGAGUCGGCAGUCCAACGAGAGGCAACCGUUAGGAAAAUGCCAUCAAUGGAUAUUGAGACAGUGUUCAAUGUUUCUGAGAGAUAUCCUGAUUUCACAAUCAAGUGGUUCUCGAAGAAACCACGUACACACAGAAGAUUCAUGAUCAAUUUAUCAGAAGCUUGGUUCAAGUCACUCAACGUCUUUUAUUUGGGGAGAUGGGAAAGAAGUAAGAAACGUCACAUCCAGGUACAGAAUCAUGAUCCCAUGAAAUCUUUAAAACAUGUGACGAAAGUAAAAGUGCUAAGUCUUCAAGGGAUCUCGACCAUUAGAAGCCUAAACAGUUCGGUUUGUAAGCUACACCAGCUGAUCGUCUUGGACCUCAGGGAGUGCUCCGACCUGACGAAGCUUCCAGAAAAGAUAGAUUCACUUGAGAGUCUGGUCUACUUGGAUAUGUCAGGAUGUUAUAUGUUGGAAUGGAUUCCCUUAAGGUUGGCUUUGUUGAAGAAUUUAGAGGUUCUCAAGGGCUUUGUGGUUAGCGACGAAUUCUUUGAGAGUGUUGCGUGCAAGGUUAACUAUUUAAAGAACUUGAAGAAGCUAAGAAAGCUAAGCAUCGAAAUAAACCGAGAUGAUUUUGGCGUAGAACAAAUGAUGGAGAAUCUUGUGGACCUCAAAGAAUUGACAAGCUUGAAGGUGACAUGGAAAAGGGAUUUAAGAGUCAUUCGUGGAUCUUCCACAGGGAUUAAAAGCCUUCCGGAUCAGUUAAAGAAACUGGACCUGCAGCGUUUCCCGCACGAAGAACUUCCCUUAUGGCUUCAUCCAGAGAAUCUGCUUCACUUGAAAAGGCUCCAUAUUGGAGGAGGAAGACGACUCAAGGGUUUCGGUAAUUAUUUACCGGAGGAGCCUACAAAAUGUGCUGUUGAAGUCUUGCGUCUCACGUUACUCCCGAAGCUAAGAGUUGGAUGGAUAGAGCUGAAGCAAAUCUACUUCCCAAAUCUGAGUUUUCUUGAGAGUUAUGAGUGUCCAAGAGUUACUCUCACUCCCUGCGAUGGAAACGGAAUCUGGAGAUCUGACCAAGACUGA